AUGGACACCAUACGGAGCUCGGCGAAGAACGAGGUCGCCAUUGGGCUGGACCUCAAGUCGGCGACGGAUGCCGACUCCCCGUGUGUCUCGUGCGUCGGCGGGAAACUAGCGCGGCACACCUUCCCCGACCAUGGCUCCGACGCCGACGACGUGCUAGCUGUUGUGCACAUCGACCUGUGCGGGCCGUUCCGCGUGGCUGCCAAGGAUGGCAGCCUGUACUUCUUGCUGCUGAAGGACCUCAAGACCCGCUACGUGUGGGUGAAGCCGGUCGCCAAGAAGUCAGAUGCAUUGCCGGCAUUUGUGCAGUGGCUCGCGGUGGCUGAGCGGCAGAUGAAGAAGUCGGUGUUGAUGCUGCGCUCUGACCGAGGAGGGGAGUUCCUCGGGAAGCAGUUCACCGACUUCGUGAGCGGCAAGGGGGUCGUCCACGACCUGACCUGCCCAUACACCCCGCAGCAGAAUGGCAUGGCGGAGCGGGAGAUGAGGACGGUGGUGGAGUCGGUGCAGACAAUGCUGCUGCACAUGGGCGUGCAGCACCACUGGUGGCACCUCGCUCUCCGGCAGGCCGUCUGGGUCCGCAACUGCCUUGAGAGGUCGGCGCUGCCGCCGGGGACGACGUCGUACCAGCUGCUGACCAGGAAGAAGCCCGACUUGUCGCUGGCGCGGGUGUGGGGCUGCAUGGCGCAGUUCCUUGUCCCUGAGCAGCAGCGUGGUGGGAAGCUGAAGCCGAAGGCCAGGUGGGGCCUGCACCUUGGCGUGUCGGCGGUGAGCAAGGGCUGGGAGCUCCUCGACAUCGACACCAACCUGGUGGUCACCACAUCGGACGUGGUGUUCUACGAGGAGAUGUUGAUGGCCGAGUGGAAGAAGGAGCGUGGGCCGGUGCCUGGCUGCUCGUCGUCCACCCCGCCCUCUAACACCUCGUCGGCAACACUGCCGCUGCUUGCCGAGGUCGGUGAGCUUGCUACUGAGGACGUCGAGGACGUCCGCCCUCCUACCCCUCCCCCUCCGACCCUUGCCCCUCCCCUGGUGGCCGACCUGCGUGGGCUGACCUCGGUGUCGGCCUCCGGCGAUGAGGGGAGUAGUGGGACGCCGCCUUCGGCGCUGGCCAAGUGCAUCGCCGGUGGCCGACGUGACGAGCGGCAAAUCGACGUGGGAUUGCAGUCGACAGGAGAGGAGCAGGUCGAGGAGCAGCGGCCGGCAAAGGAGCAGGCAGCCAUGAAGCUGACCAAGGAGCAGUCGGCGAUCGGGUCGUCGGCAGGAGAGCCGACCACGGGGGAGAACGACGACAGCGACGAUGGAGGGUACGCUGAGGAGGUCCAGCCGGGACCACGGCGUUCAGGUCGACUUCGGAGGCCGCCUGACUUCUUCGUCCCCGCUGCCUUCACCACGGUGUAUGACGUGGACGAUGACGAUGACCUGCUGUACGACGACGCCGAGGAAGAUGAGGAGUUUCCGGAGCUCGACCCCGACAUGCUAGCCGACCACGAGCGCCGUUGGGACAUCUCGACGAUGACGGUGAAAGAGGCGUUGGCAAGCUGGAAGGGCCCGGCGGUGAAGGCCGCCAUGGAGGAGGAGAUUCGCAGCCUCAUCAACAUGGGGACUUCGGAGCUGGUGGAACGCCCGCCGGGGGUGAACGUCAUGAAGAACCGGUGGGUGUUGACGACGAAGUACCACGUCGACAACACCGUCGAGCGUGAGAAGGCGAGGCUGGUCGUGAAGGGCUUCACACAGGUGUACGGCGCCGACUACGACGAGACGUUCGCGCCGGUGGGCAGCUACGUUACGCUAAGGAUCUUCCUCAGCAUCGUCGCCGUCCUCGACCUUAACGUGAUGCAGCUCGACAUGAAGAACGAUCGGGUGCUGUACAUGUCCCAGCCGGACUACUUCAACGAUGGAACCGGCCGGGUGUGCAAGCUGCUGAAGAGCCUGUACGGGCUGAAGCAGUCGCCGCUGUUGUGGUACUUGGCGCUCAACGAUGUGCUGGUCGGCGCCGGGUGGAAGAAGAGCAAGGUCGACGAGGCUCUCUACUUCAAGGUCGGCGAGGGUGGAGUGGCCUGCUGGGUACUGGUCUACGUCGACGACCUGCUUGCCACCAGCAGCAGCGCCGCGAUGCUGAAGGAACUGAAGGAGCUGCUGGAAGCCGCCUUCGAGCUGCACGAGAUCUCGCCGGUGCAGAAGUACCUCGGGCUGGAGAUCGUGCGCGAUAGGUCGGCGGGAAAGCUGUGGCUGCACCAGAAGGGCUACGCCGACAAUCUGCGUAGGCGCUUCAUCGACGAGGAGCAGACCGGGCGCAACCCGAAGACACCGGUCUCCGUCGGCGCCUACGCAGAGCUCACCUUCGACGAUGAGGAGGCGCAGGAACGGCAAGAGGAGGAGUACCGGCAGAAGGUCUGCUCGCUGCAGUUUGCGGCAACGACGACGAGGCCGGACAUCGGCUUUGCCUGCAGCAAGCUGGGGAGCGGCCUCACGGUGAGGAGCGACCAGCACUGGCGCGAGGUCGACCGUUGCCUUGCCUACCUCGCCAACACACGUGACAUCGCCCUGGAGUUCGGCGGUGGACCUGAGUCGCUGGAGCUGGUCGGCUACGUGGACGCCGACGACGCUGGUAACAAGCAAAACAGGACGAGCAUGGGCGGCUACGUGUUUGUCUACGGAGGGGCUGCAAACUCCUGGUCGAGCCAGCGCAUCAAGUGCGCGACGCUGUCGUCGGCCGAGUCGGAGUACGUAGCGGCCACUGAAGCUGGCAAGUAG